AUGGCGGAAGAACUGCAAGAAUCAAAUAUGCGUCAAAAGGAUUUCUCCGGCGUUCUACGUGAACUGCCUAAUAUGCCACCAAUUCACCCAAUUUUUAAUGAAUAUUUAAAUGACAUACAAAUAAACCCAAAGUUAAUAGUAAACAAACAUUAUGACUUGGGCUAUACUGUAUUCCAAGGGGAUUCCCCUCUCGAAAAAGAAAUCUCUGCAUACAAUAAUAUUAAAAAUACCCAAAACAACGUUGUUUUAAAGGAAAAAAAUGAACAAAUAGCCAAGCCAAAAUUUGAGCUCGACAAAAUUAUUGAUUCAACUUCAAAAAUGUCGAAGAACGCGAUUCAGACAUAUUUAGAUAAGGAAAGUCGACCGAGAGAGGCAACACGCGAAAGCCGCGCAAAAGGGCUCUUUGCAUCCAAUCCGGUUAAGCAUAGAUAUAAUUUACGAGAUAGAACGAUCCUUCAACUCAAAUUUGAUAAAAGAAAAGAUUAUGAUGACGAUGAAUAUAAAUUCAAGUAUAAAGAUUGUGAUGAAAAUGAAUCAAUUAGUGAAAGAAGAUAUAACGCACGGUCUAACUCAUCUAAAUAUGUAUCAAUCAGUGAAAAGAAACAUGGCUUACGGCCUAAACGACUACCUAAACAACUGCCUAAACUCAAUUAUGUUGAUAGAAAAAAUUAUGAUGAAAAUGAGCCAAUUGGUGACAGGAUAUAUGAAGAAAGGAAAGUGCAUCUGCGUUUGCACAGAGCAGAAUCUCUAUUGGAGGUAGCAGUUGCUAGAAUUAAGAGAUUAUUCUAUCUUGUACCACCAUUUACUGAAAAAGAACUUUCAGCGAAUUAUGGCCCAGAAAAAAUGAAUCAACAAUUACGAGAGAUUUACGCAAAUUAUGGUUAUAAGAACUUAAUAAAGGAUCAAACGGCUGGUAAUUCUUUUGAUAAUCCAAUAGUAUUAGAUAGCGAUGAUGAUGGAGAUAAUGAAACUGAAGAGAUUCGAGAUGAAAGUUUUGAAGAUGAAAAUUAUAGGGAUGAACCUGAAGAUAGUAGUAUUAAAGAAUAUGUCCGUGAACUUUCGUUUAGUAAAGAUGAAGUUAUUGUUAUCGAAAAUGGGGAAUCUUCCAAUGUUAGUAAUAUGUCUCCAAGUCAAGGUCUUUCGAAAAAAAGGUUACGUUUCUCAGAUGAAUCGAAUGAAGGUCAAGGUUCACAACCCGAUUAUAUUCCUCUGAACUCAUCAGGAAAAAGAUACAAGAAAAGGGAACUUCCGGUAUUUAAUCGAAAAGGAAAGAAAUUAAAAUUUUUGCCAACAGAGAAAUCUGGUGAUAAUAAUAAGGAUAGUAAUCUUGUUAAAUAUGAUUUAAAAGGAAAUAUCACUGAAUUGAAUCUAUCUUUAUUGAAAUCAUAUGAUUUCAAACCCGGAUACGAAUAUUACGAAUCUAAUCUUAUCGACAGGAAUAGAGUAAUUACUUUAUUAACGAAUAUGAGAACCGACCUUCCUCCAUUACCUCCUAUUGAUGAUUAUUAUUGGGAAAAGUUAGCUAUUGGGUUUAAGGAUCAUAGAUUACAUUGGGAGAAACUGGAAUGGUUAGGUGAUAGGGUUUUAAUGGUUUGUGUGUUGAGAUUUGCUAAUCGAAGAUAUUUUAGAGAAACCCAGUUAAAAUUAAUUCGAGAUAUUUCCAUAUUAAUGGUUACCAACAAAAUCUUGGCCGCAUAUUCGCUAACACUUAAACUUGAUCAGUUAAAUAAGAUGAAUUUUUAUAUAGUGAGAAAAAUUCAUGCUGAUGCAUUUGAGACAUAUUUCGGAGCAUAUUACCUUGCGUAUGGGGAAGAUGCUACCACCAAUUACCUUGAGAAAUUGAUGGGACCAUUAUUUGACAUUUUGUAUUAUACGGAUGAAGAUAUUUCGAAAAUUAAACUGGCCGCUGCAUAUUUCUCUAUGCCAAUGAAUAAUUUAACUUUAUUGACUAGAGGAAAUAAGAUAUAUUCAAAAAAACGUAAACUAAAGAAUAGUCGACCUACCGAAAUAGUAUUUGACGAGGAUGCAAGAAGAGAGUUUCUAACUGGAUUUCAUAAGCGAAAAUUAGAAAGAAAAGAGAAAGCUAAAGAAGCAGCUAUACAAAAAGAAAAGAAGGCAAGAGCAGAAUCUAAGAAAGCUAUUAAGGAUGCAAGAAAGAAAGAGAUUGAAGAAAGGUUGACAGCAAUUCAAACUGCAAUUAAUAAGGUCCAUGGAAUUAAAGAAGAAAAUGAUCAGGAGAGUGAAAAUAAAGAUGAUAAUAAUAAAGAUGAUAAUAAUAAUACUGAAUCAUUAAAACAAUAUAUAACACCACAAACAUUAACUACAGUAACAGUUGUAGAAGAUUUUGAUGUUUCAGAAGGGAAAUAUGAUAAAGAUAAUUAUAAAAGUAAUGAUAAUGAUAAAGAUAAAGGAAAUGAUAAAGACAACGAUAAUCGAGAAAUAAAUAAAAAACGAAAAUUGAAUAAUAGUAAUAAUAAUGAUGAUAUUGUUGAGGAUAGAACUAAAAAUUCAAUGGCAUUUGAUUCUUCACUCUCAUAUUCAGUACCAAGCUACUGA